GCGAGGCAGGAGAGAUAGAGGGAGUUACUAGCGGAGGAUCGGCGGGGGAAUGGAGCGUACUUUUUGUUGAUUGAGGGGGACCUACCGUUUCUCCCGCGGCAGAAGCGGUAGUUCCCUCCCCAGGACAAGCAUCAGUUUCCAAAUGUAACACCGGGUGGUGGACAUAUAUGGAUAUUUAUAGGUUAAACAAAGAAAUGUGUCUAGAACAUCACCAAGACAAUCCCGGAAAUAACAGACAUACCCUCAGCUGAUCACGUAGGCUACGUUGCUGGAAGCUUUGUGUUACUGAUAGAAACGUUUCAAGCUUCUGAAUACCAGAAAACAUUUCAAUCGAAGACAAAUGUGAAACCAUUUAAAGAAAAAUCAUGAAUGAAAGAAAAACGGUGGCAAGGAGACUUUUUAAUAUGAAACUUCCCACAACUGUGGCACCGCUCCUCUCUCGCAGCCUAGGCAGUUGUGCUGCACUCUCGCUCUCGCACGGUGGCUCCCGUAAAAAAUGAGGCGAGGACGUGGGCUACGUGCGCAUCUAGCACUAGACGAGAUGAAAUGGAGAGCUUGGAACACACGGACCUUUUAAAUCCAAGCUCUUCCCACGGACACAACAGUUUUACAGCCUCCGGCGAGAGAGUGAGAAACGGUGAGCACAUAUUUGGAGCUGCCGAGUUUCAACCUUUCCAAACCAACAUGGGACUCAAUGGACUAAACGGCUACUGCCAGGGCAUAGCGCCGGUUGGGAGCGCCACGGCCGCGGAAUUACUGUCUGGUCUGGCUUCAAAAACAAGCACUUCCAGCAUCACGGUUUUAAAGAAACAGACGAAUACUGGGCUGCCGUUCUAUAACGGUGGGAUUGUGUCUCAGUUCGCAACCAUUGAGGGCAGCCACAGUGGUCCCAACGGCUACCCUCCGCAAGUGAAAGGGGUGGGGGAGACACCCAAUGGCCUUGCGCAACCCCUAGGCAGCAGAGCACGCCUCGUGGAGAAUGGGGACAGAACACAACAUGAGAAAUGCAUUCUUCUGGUGAAGAGGCCCAAUGGUGACCCGCAGGUCAAACAGCUGCACCAUCGGAAGCGGAGAGGUGAGGAGAACCGGGACAUGGGUUCUGAGACGCCCAAAGGUUGUGCCUUAUCAGUGGGUUCAGGUUUAGGUACUCUAGGUAUGAUGGCCUAUGGACCAGGUGAGUCGAUAACCCCGGACUGCAAAAGGAGACGAGUGUCGGAGAGCGAAGUUCACAAAGCGGAGCCCUCCAAACCCGGCAAGGCUGUCCUCCCUCUUGCUGCCAACGGCGACAGCAGCAUCAACAAUAACCAUAGCAACCUCAACCACUGCGCCACCCCUCACCCCUCUUUGCCUGACCCUCACAACAACAAGCUGCACCACAAUGUACACAAGGUGAUGCUGCUGGGCCCCGGGGUUGUUCAAGGCCAGAUGUCCCCGGUGGAGGCCAACAGCAUCCAGUCUCUACCGUUACCGGCCGGGGUGGGCUGGUCGGCGGAGAGUAUCGCCCAGCAGUACAUCGUGCCCUGCCUGACUUCCUAUGGUAUCUGUGUGAAGGACAGUUUCCUGGGGCCACGGCUGGGUGAGUCGGUGCUGGGCGAGGUGGAGAGUCUGAACCGCAGCGGGAAGUUCCGGGGGGGUCAGCUGGUCAGCCAGAGGAGCAUCCCCUCACGGAAUAUCCGUGGAGACCAGAUCGCCUGGGUGGAGGGGCACGAGCCGGGUUGCGAGGGCAUCGCCAUGCUGAUGGCACACAUCGACGAGGCCGUGAUGCACAGUGCUGCCAACGGGCAGCUGGGGGACUGUGUCAUCAAUGGACGCACCAAGGCUAUGGUGGCCUGUUACCCAGGUAACGGCACAGGGUACAUCCGUCACGUGGACAACCCUAACGGUGACGGCCGCUGCAUCACCUGCAUUUACUAUCUCAACAAGAACUGGGAUGUCAAGGUUCAAGGAGGUUUGCUGCAGAUCUAUCCAGAGGGGAAGAGUGUGGUGGCCAACAUAGAACCGCUGUUUGACCGUCUGCUCAUCUUCUGGUCCGACCGCAGGAACCCACACGAGGUUAAGCCGGCCUACGCUACACGCUAUGCCAUCACUGUCUGGUACUUUGAUGCCAAGGAGAGGGCCGAGGCCAGAGAGAAGUACAGAUUGGCAACUGGACAGAAAGGUGUUCAAGUGCCCGUCACUCAAAACAACAAAACCUAAAUCCUAAACCAAUCUCUUUAUUGGUUGAGAGGAGAUACGGCAGCAUCUGAUUGGGCAGUUGAGGGAAAGAGGGCGGAGAUAGAACACAGUGGACUCAGUUGGCGAAUGGAGCGAGGCAGGGUCAGAUUGACUCAGGUGGCAUAAGGGCCAAAGAGGAUGAAGAUGACUCCUCUUCAUCAGAUAAUUCAAAAAUUCUUUAAGGACAACAAACUGAAUGGACAGACUCUUGUUUUUGCCUUAUCAAUAAUCAGCGCUAUUAUAAUAUAAUCAGAAAGCAAUCUUCUCUGCUCUCUAACAUACAAUAGACAUUUCUCCAAUCAAAAAGCAGGCCUAAGGAGACAGGAGCACCAUCUGCGGCGUCGGAGGAAUACGAUUGCAUCUGUUUUUCAGGGGAAACUGAAAAAGAGCUUUUGGACAUUAACAAGACGAUACUCCAUCUUAACUCCACCUUCACAUUUACUAGAUUGGUUCAACAGUGCAGAAGAGAACCUCGCCAUGUAGUUCUCUCAUCAGGUUAAGACAGCUAGGGAAAUGUGAUUGGAGGUCCUGACUUUCACACACAUCGUGACACAUCCAGUGUGUUGCCUCAGCUACACCCAGCCAUCAGUCAACAACGCACCAUUAAAGAGGAAGUGACCUCACAGGAAAUGGUCCUUUACAUAUCACACAGUAGUGUGACAUUCUGCUAUCCCAGCAUUCAUGUUGUUGGAGACCCUGUUAGGGAAUCCACCUGCCACCAGUGUACAGAGAAAACUGAAGACUCUUUAUCGCAGAGAAACACAGACUCUUUAACUCAACUAGUCAACAGAAAAAAAAUCAAUGAUGUUCAUUCAGUCAGUGAGAAAGGAGUGUGUAAUGUCAGAAAGCAAUGUAAUACAAUUCCAAGAGCGUGUUUUUGUUUGUGAACGUUUUUGAAGACGACACCUAAACAAAGGUCGGUCGAAGGCAGGUCGAAACAGGGUUUGCUGAAUGUUAUAGUGUGUGUGUGUGAAAAUGUACUGUACAAGCAACCCUGUUACUAGUACCUUGGUGGUCCCAGUUGCACCUGUAAGACCCACCCCUCCCUAUACGGAGACUAGAGGCUGCAUCAGCACCAUCAUCACCUCCAGUGCAUUCUGGUCAACUCAAACAUACAAUAGAUUGGACACGGUUCACCACAACAUCUGAAUCUAACCUGACCCCAGACCCUCAGUCAACCUUGUUAUACUCCACAGAAGCAAAUGUUAAUGCACAGAAGGGUCUGUGUGAAACUACUGCAGUGUCUGUCUGUCUAACUAUACUUGUGGGGACUAGAAGUCUCCACAAGAAUGGUAAAUAAACAAAAAGUCUCCACAAGAAUGGUAAGUAAACGAUAAGUCUCCACAAGAAUGGUAAAUAAACAAAAAUUUAACUGUGGACACUUUAGUUUGUCUCUACAAGGAAAAAGUAUAUUUCUAUGGGGUUUAGUGUUAAGGAAAAUAUGAUUUUGAAUGGGAAUCAAUUGUACCCCCCAACAAGGUUAGUUGUAUGUGUGUGUGUGUGUGUGUCUGGCCUUGAAUUGGGGUGGGGAUGCGCUUGUGUGUGUGAGACAGACUGGGUAAGAGAGAAGUAAAAAUAUGACUUUUCAGAAAUGCUAUCUGUGAAUGAUCAGUGUAAAUUUAGAAACAAACUGCUUUUAUGCUGUGGAUAAUAUGGUUGAGAUGCAAUAGUGACUAAAACAAUGAGAACAAAAAAAUGUUGUUUUUUCAGAAAUUUUGCAUUAUUGAAUUAAAAUGUGUUUUUGUACAAGAA